AUGUCGCAACAAGCAACGAAUGGUGCAUCUCGCCUGAUCGAUUCAACCGAUCAUGAAACAACACAACAACAAGCCAAUGAUGAUUUGAUUAUUGAUCACACUCGGAGAGUGGAGACUAAUUUUUCUCUAUUCGCUAUCAUUCGAUUUUUAGUUGGGUUAAUGAUGAGAAAUUCGGGAGAGGAUGCCAAUCAGUUUAGAAUUUCUUUCAGAAAACAAUUACGUAAAUUAAGUUUUCUAUUUGUACUGAGUUUACUUGGAAUGAUAUCUGUGAUUGCAGUAAUGAUUCCGAUGGUUUAUUUCAUUGCUGGAACAAAGAGUUUGUUACCAAGUAAUUCGUAUGAUAGAGCCAAAAUAUUGGCUUCUCAAUACGUACCAUUUGUAGAGUCACACAAUGAGUUGCCGUACAAAAUGUUGCUCAUUGAACAACGACUCAAUAAGCCUUUCGAAAACGUAUUCUCACUCAAUACCUUGACAAGCAAAGAUUCAUUACUGGAUUUGUAUCGAAAAACCAAUCUUACCUUGAGCACUGACAUUCCUCGAUUACGGACCGGAAAUGUGAGUGCAAUAGUAUUUUCAAUCCGAACCUUGAACUGCGAUGACAACAUUGUUUCAAAUGUUUUAAAACAAGUAGACUCUAUUCGAACUCGAAUUGUGAAAAAUUUCAGCUCACACAUGAAAUGGGCUCAAAGUGAAAAUGAUAUUUGGAGUGCAUUCUAUUCGAGAAAAAUUGCGUCUCUCAUUCAUAUCGAUGGUGGUCAUGCCAUUCAAAAUUCAUUAGAAAUUUUAAGACAAUAUUACAUGUUAGGAGUAAGAUCCAUGUCCCUUGCCUCAUCACAAUGUCCAAAUAAUUGGGCACAAUCGGCAUCAGCCCUCGUGGGAGGUUAUUCGAAUGGACUCAGCAAAUUUGGUGAAACAGUACUGUACGAACUCAACAAACUUGGAAUAUUGGUGGAUUUGGCACACUCGAGUUCUAAAACCAUGAUCAAUGUAUUGACAUACUCAUAUGCACCUGUAAUUAUUGGACACAGUGGAGUCAAGAGCCUGUGCAAUCAUCCAGACAAUAUCGAUGAUGAUAUCAUUAACUUGGUGAAAGAAAAUCAAGGCAUUGUGCAAAUUGCCUACAACCCGUUGCAGCUUAAUAGUGAUGAAUGGAAGUACUACAACAGCUUGUCUGAUCAAAACGGAACAGCUGUACUUUUACAUGAUGAGAAAGUUCAAUUAAUGAUUCAUGCACAGCUUUCGAAUGUGACCAGUCGAUCCACGAUCGAUACCAUUGUAAGGCAUAUCGAUUAUGUGAAAACACUGACUCAAAGUUGUGACCACAUUUCACUCGGCUCCACCGGUUUCGAUAGCCACUAUCCACUUUUUGUGAAAGGCGUCGAGUCUCCAGCCAAUCACAUGUCUGUGGUUGCUGCCCUCUUGCAGAAAGGUUAUAACACCGAAUGUGUGACUAAGAUCAUGGGAGGAAAUUUCCUUAGAGUCAUGAAACGAGUUGAGACAGUUUCAAAAUCCCUCAACAAUGGUAAAUCUACCAACUAG